AAAAAACGUUGCCAAACACCCUCGUACGGUCAUUUCACUCGCUUUCCAUUUUCCAUUUUCCAUUUUCCAACGCAACAAAAGCAUUUCCUUCACUUGCCAUGCUUCUCUUUACGGGGUAAGAGAAGGGAAAAAAAGAAAUAUCGGGCGGUUCGAGAUUUCGAAAUCGCUCGAUUUCUGGAAUUGAUCUGCUUCGAUUUUAUUUUUGUAUAAUCACUGUUUGGUUUCUAAUCUUUAUUUUGUUCCACCUGAAACACUCGAAUAUCUUUUUUUUUUCCGAGUUAUGAAUUGUGUUAGACAUUUGUUGGAUCUUCGAGAUCUUGAUCUAGUCUCCUGUUAGAUUCCUCAGUGACAGAAAAAAGCUUGACAUUCGAAAUGAGUAAUACUUUUUCUCUCUCUUAGCCUCCCACUUAAUGCGAACAAAAUAUGUUGGAACUUCGAUUCUCAUGUGAUAUUAUUUUAAGUUCCAAGGACUGAGUCCUAUGUUAUCAGAAAGAUAAGAUUUCGGAGAAGUCAGCUUGAACAUCCAGCUAAAAAGGCAGAUGAGGGAAAACGGUACAGUUAAUGGCUUGAAUGGAACUCAUUAUGUAGAUACUGAAGAAAUGGAGAGUUUUGAAAGCGUGAUCAGUGGUGACUGGCUGUCUUCUCUGGUGGAGUGGUUAAAUGGCAUGCUUCCUGAAUUAAGUUUGCCACUGGAUGCAACAGAAGAGGAGUUGAGAGGGUGUUUGACUGAUGGAGCUAUUUUUUGUACCAUUUUGAACAAGCUGCGUCCUGGUUCUAUUGAAAUGGAAGGUGGUCCUGUAAAUGUUAAGAGGUUUCUGAUUGCUAUGGAUGAAAUGGGGUUGCCCAGCUUUGAAUUGUCUGACCUAGAGCAGGGCCAAAUGAUGCCAGUAUUAGAGUGCCUUAAGACACUUAGGGCAUGUUUCAAUUUUAACGGGGAGGCUGAUAAUGUCCAAAAUCCUUCCAGGAAGAGAUGGAAUCUUUCAGGUGAAAUUGAAAGCAUCCAAUUGAAGCAAGGAUGUUGUGCUGAUCUUUCUGAUGCAACAAUUUUAGAAUUAAUGAAAUCUAGCAGUUUAGAAAAUGCCUCAACUCAAUCACUGUUCAGUAUACUGUACAGGAUUAUGGAUGAAAGUAUUGAAAGAAAGAAGGGAGAUGUACCUCAUCGUGUGGCAUGCCUGUUGAGAACGAUUGUGCAAGAGAUAGAAUGGCGAGUUUCAACCCGGGCAGAAAACUUAAAAAAUCAAAACAAUGUUUAUAGGGCCCGUGAGGAAAAGUACCAAUCAAGGAUAAGAGCACUUGAGACCUUAGCAAAGGGAACUGUGGAGGAAAAUAAGGUUGUUAUAAGCCAACUACAGCAUUUAAAGAUUGAAAAGAGUAAAUUGGAGGAGAAGGGAAAAGUUGAAGAGCAGGAUGUGCUUCAGCUUAAGAAGGAGAAGAUUCAGAAUGACACUGAGAUCUCUAGGCUGAGAGAGGAACUAGAAAGCAGCAAAAAGAUGCAUGAAUGGCAUUGUCUACAAUUGGAAGCCCAGGUUGAGGAUGCUAAAGUUGAAUUAGAAAAGAAGUUGAAAGAACUUGAGUGUCUUUUAAGAGAUUCUAGGAAAGAAGUGGAUGAGCUUCAGUCAUUUUCUGAAUCUAAACAAAAGAUAUGGGCAGAUAAGGAGUGCACUUAUGAGAGUUUCAUUGAUCAACAAUUUGUGGCUUUAAAGGAAUUGAGGGAAGCUUCUAAGUCCAUCAAACGUGAGGUUCUGAAGACAAAAAAGAGCUACUCAGAGGAACUUAAUUACUUAGGAAUAAAGCUUAAGGGACUAGUAGAUGCUGCAGAAAAUUAUCAUUCUGUUCUUGCUGAAAAUCGAAGAUUGUACAAUGAGGUUCAGGAUUUGAAAGGAAACAUUAGAGUCUAUUGUAGGAUAAGGCCAUUCCUUCCAGGGCAAAGCAAGAAACAAACAACAAUAGAAUAUAUUGGUGAGAAUGGUGAAUUGGUUGUUUCAAAUCCCUCGAAGCAAGGAAAGGACACUCAUAGGCUCUUCAAGUUUAACAAGGUUUUCAGUCCAGUAGCUACCCAAGAGGAGGUAUUUUUAGACACCCAACCAUUGAUUCGGUCUGUUCUUGACGGAUACAAUGUUUGCAUAUUUGCUUAUGGUCAAACAGGCUCGGGAAAAACUUAUACAAUGAGUGGACCCAACGUGUCUUCUAAAGAAGAUUGGGGAGUCAAUUAUAGAGCACUGAAUGAUCUUUUCCAAAUCUCUCAAAGCCGGAAAAGCUCCAUUAUAUAUGAAGUUGGUGUUCAAAUGGUUGAGAUAUACAAUGAACAAGUUCGCGAUCUGCUUGUUGGUGACAGUUCUCAUAGAAGACUUGGGAUUUGGAACACCACCCAACCAAAUGGGUUAGCUGUCCCUGAAGCAAGCAUGCAUUCUGUUAAAUCAACCACUGAUGUUUUGGAAUUGAUGAAUAUUGGGUUAAUGAAUAGGGCUGUAGGUGCUACAGCCCUAAAUGAGAGGAGUAGCAGAUCCCACAGUGUUCUCACCGUUCAUGUUCGAGGCACAGACUUAAAAACUAAUGCUGUUUUGCGUGGUAGUUUACAUUUGGUGGAUCUUGCUGGCAGUGAACGGGUAGAUCGUUCAGAAGCAACUGGAGACAGGCUUAGGGAGGCACAACAUAUAAACAAAUCUCUGUCAGCUCUUGGAGAUGUAAUCUUUGCUCUGGCACAAAAGAAUGCUCAUGUCCCUUAUAGAAAUAGCAAACUAACUCAAGUUCUCCAGAGUUCUUUGGGUGGUCAGGCAAAAACCCUUAUGUUUGUGCAGCUUAAUCCUGAUGUAGAAUCAUACUCUGAAACCAUAAGUACCUUGAAGUUUGCCGAGAGGGUUUCUGGUGUUGAGUUAGGUGCUGCACGGACUAACAGAGAAGGGAGAGAUAUUAGAGAACUUAUGGAACAGGUUGCAUUCCUCAAGGAAACCAUCACAAAGAAAGAUGUGGAGAUUGAGCGUUUGCAGCUUCUUAAGGGUAAUGGCAAUGGUAGUAAGCACGGUGUGAGCUCACUGAGGUAUGGAUCUUCCUCUCCUAGGGGACACUCCAUUGGGACUCCUCGAGAAAGCCGGAGCCUGUCAAGACGGCAAAGCUUGGGAAAUUUUGAGAAAGCAGUUUUUGAUGCGGACAAUUUCUCAGUUAACAGCGAUAAGCGUUCUGAAGCUGGCUCUCAUCGGACAAUGGAUGACUCAAAGCUACACAAUGAAUCUUCUGUGCAGACAAACCUUGCAGGAAAAGAUUUGGAUCAGAAUUUUGCUGAUGAUAUUGAACUCUUGGGCUUUGGAGAUGCAGAUUCAGAGGAGAGAUUAAGUGAUAUAUCUGAUGGUGGACUAUCUAUGGGUGGUACAGAAACCGAUGGCUCAAUCUGUAGUGUUGUAGAGUUCACUCUUUUCCCGGAAGUUUCAAAACCUUCUGAUAAAGUGGAGAAAGUUGAGAAAGCAGACAAAGCUGAAAAGCCUGAUAAUAUUGAGAAGUCCAUUGCCCCAUUUAAGCUUCCAAAGCUGCCUCAAAAAGUAGUGCAAACAAAACCUGUUCGAUUGUCAAUGUCCAGGAGCUCCUCAAAGGCUUCAUCAAGUGCGAGAAAAAUUACUGCUGUUGCCACUGCCAGUUCUUCAACAAAGCCCUCGAAACGAUGGCAGUGAUUUGAAUAUAUAUAUAUAUAUAUAUAUUAGAUGGUAGAAGAAAUCUGACUCGGUCUAGUUUGUAAUUAUGUUUACAGCUUAACUAUGCUUAUUGCCUGUAGGUUGUUCCUCGCUUCCAUUUAGCUUAUUGGAAGGAGUAAUAGAGAACUGUUCACUUGUAACAUACAUUCUCAAGGGCCGAUAUCCGGUUCUCAUUA